UUUUAUAAAGAGGCGGGACUUGUGACAGAGCAGGAAGAAGCUUUUUGAUAGACAUCACCGAAAGCCGGUGUGUUUUAUUGGAAUUCUGAAAGAAACAAGUACCCAUGGCUGUUAGAGGAAUGAAACUGUCGAGUGUGUGUUUUCUGCUUUUAUAUUUGAUAGUGACAGUGCUGGCUGGGAGGGAUUUCUACAAAAUUUUGGGGGUUAGUAGAUCAGCAUCAAUUAAAGAUAUUAAGAAAGCCUACAGAAAGCUGGCAUUGCAGCUUCAUCCAGACAGAAACCAAGAUGACCCAAAUGCCCAAGACAAAUUUGCAGACCUUGGAGCAGCUUACGAGGUGCUCUCAGAUGAGGAGAAAAGGAAACAGUAUGAUGCAUAUGGAGAGGAGGGGUUAAAGGAAGGCCAUCAAAGUUCACAUGGUGAUAUAUUCUCCAGUUUCUUCGGCGACUUUGGGUUUAUGUUCGGUGGAAAUAGGCAGCCAGCCGGCCGGGAUAUUCCCAGGGGUAAUGACAUUGUACUGGACCUUGAAGUAACCCUAGAAGAGGUGUAUUCAGGGAAUUUUGUGGAGGUGGUACGAAACAAACCUGUAUCAAAAGAAGCUCCAGGCAAAAGAAAAUGCAACUGCCGGCAGGAAAUGAGAACCACACAACUAGGACCAGGUCGCUUCCAGAUGACACAGGAAGUAGUCUGUGAUGAAUGCCCCAAUAUCAAGCUUGUGAAUGAGGAGCGAACACUAGAGGUGGAGAUCGAGCAGGGUGUGAGAGAUGAGAUGGAAUACCCUUUCAUUGGGGAAGGUGAACCUCACAUUGAUGGUGAGCCUGGAGAUCUGCGUUUCCGCAUCAAAGUUUUGAAGCAUCCUCUGUUUGAGCGCAGAGGUGACGACCUUUACACAAACGUCACCAUCUCUCUGGUAGAGGCUCUGGUCGGCUUUGAGAUGGACAUCACUCAUUUAGAUGGCCACAAGGUGCACAUUGUGAGAGAUAAAAUCACUAAGCCAGGAGCUCGUAUUUGGAAAAAGGGUGAGGGCCUACCAAAUUUUGACAACAACAAUAUCCGUGGAUCGCUCAUAGUCACCUUUGAUGUAGAUUUCCCAAAGGAACAGCUUGAUGACCAACAGAAAAAUGGUAUAAGACAUCUUCUGAAACAGGCACCAUCUCAAAAGAUUUAUAAUGGACUGCAGGGAUACUGACAAACCAGCCAAGUAAAUCAGGACUGAUUGCCCUGUCCCUGUCUGCCCUUCACACACACACACACACAUUUAAUUGCACACUGAGGAACAAGUAAUGGGGUGUUUUUUUUUUCUGAUUGUUCUCCGGAUGGGUUGAUGUUAAUGUUUUUAUUUUAUUUUUUUAAUACAUUUUUUUUUCUCCUUCAUUUAAGUUUUU